AUGUUUGCGGCAUCGCCAAUGGCAAUAUCGUCAGCUUCUGACGACUCUUCGUCGACCUCAUCGACACAGCGUAUGGAGGUGGCUGAUCGGAGGUCCUACCUUCAGGAGCUGCCGCGAGAGGUCCUUCGAGUUCAAGCGGACGAGUUGGAUGUGCCACAAGACGCUACAGUAGCGCAAAUGGUCACUGCUAUUCUGCAAGCACAGGACAUAGAGCACGACCGGGCGCCGCAUCUGAGGAAGGGCGGACCGGCUGCCGGUGCGACUGAGGGGGAAAUUGCCGCGCUUACUAUACAGUCUACGUAUGAGUGGCUGAAGAGCAGUCCGACUUGCCCAGUGUGUAAGACGUCGAUCCUGAUGGGAAUUUACGAGGGGACGAUGCCCAGUGGUAGUGGUGACAGCGAUCGUCCGCGUCACCGUCGCAUGAGGUGGAGUUCUCGUGACUGA